AUGUGUAUCGAUUAUCGACAGUUGAAAAAAGUGACGGUGAAGAACGAGUAUCCUUUUCCUCGUAUUGAUGAUUUGUUUGAUCAGCUUCAGGGUGCAUCUCUAUUUUCUAAGACUGACUUGAGGUCCCAUUAUCAUCAACUAAAGAUUAGGGCUUCAUAUAUCCCUAAGAUAACUUUUAGGACUCGUUAUAUGAACUAUGAGUUUCUUGUGAUGUCUUUUGGUUUGGCUAACGCCCCUACAACGUUCAUGGAGUUGAUGAACAGGAUGUUCCGACAUUAUUUGGGCUUUGUUAUAGUGUUCAUUGAUGACAUCUUGAGAUUGAGGGAAGAGAAGCUAUAUGCCAAGUUCUCAAAGUGGGAGUUUUGGCUUGAUUCAACUGCAUUUCUAGGACAUGUGGUGUCCAAGAAAGGUAUUAGAGUGGAUCCAGUCAAGAUUGAGGCAGUUAGAGGUUGGACCAGUGCUACUUCAGUCACUAAGAUUUGGUAUUUUGUGGGACUUGCGGGCUAUUACUAA